AUGGCUCGAACCAAACAGUAUGCACGAAAAAAUGCCUCUCCCUCUCCACCACCUCGCCCAUCACCACCACACACAUCUUCUGCCUCUCCCUCUCCUCACAAUAGUCAAGAAGUUCUAAACCUCAUUCCUCUGUCUACCUUUCUUCCACCACUAUACACUCGUCCUACACCAAACUUCGCUCAAGUGCCUCUCCAUCUUCGCACUAGAAUCACUCCUCCACGUCGCUCCAUGUGUGUCCAGUCUGGUAUUGGUACGUCGAAAUCCAUGAACCCUAAACCAUUUUAUUUCAUCAUUUCAGACUCUGAGAGUGAUGACUCUUCUGAUUCGUGUCCCCCAGUAGCAAAAUCACCAACACAAACUGAACCACAAAGAAACACGAUGCCCACAGUACCAACACCACCACCACAAAUUCCAUCCACAACUACUAACCCUUCGACACCCUCAAAGUCGGCCUUCUCUUCUGAACCUUCGCACUCAACUCCUCCCCAUCAAAAACAGAGAUCGUUAAAUGACAUCAUUUCCCCUUCCACAAACCAAAAAGAACCACUCUCUCAACCAAAACCACCAACUAAACACAUGAAAACCAAAAACACAAUCACUAUUGCUCAAUUUCUUGCUCGCAAAAAUCUCCCAAAUCCUCAGAGAAAGAAAACGCUUGCCCCAAAACAAAACCUAAAAACGAAAUCUUCUCCACAUCCACAAUCCUGUCCACAAAAGCAUACCAAACGAUCUUCAUCUCCUCAGCCUUCCUCUAUCUCCACGUCCUCUGAUUCUGAACCAUCUCCCCCAACUAAGAAACCUAAACAGAAUGCUCCUCUUGUAAUCACCCUUGCCAAAUCAAACCUCUUCAAUGAAAAAUGGGCUCAACGCCCAGUUGAGAUAGGCAGAGUUUUUGUUUUUGAUAAUCUUGUUGUAGAUGGAAAUGUUGUUCAGCACCAUACUGAUGUUCUUGGCUGGACUUCAUUCUUAAAGAUCUCUGAAUCUUACUUCCAAGAUGUUGAAGAGAUCAACAGGAAGACGACUUCCAAAAAUCCUAUUUCCUUCUCCUCUCCUUCUACUGAUCCUAAGGAAAUCUCAGACAAAACUCCUACACCAGAACGUUCUCCACCUCCUCCAGAACAUAUCCCAUCACAUUCCACUCUUUUUGCUCAAACAUCUGGCACGGUCUCUUCACAUAUUCCCUCGUAUUCUCAAACACUUCACUGCACUACACAUGACUUUAGUACUUUCUUGUCUAAUCCUCUUUUGUCUACCAUGUCUCCCCUGUUUGUUUCACCACAGAAAACCAGUUCAUCCAUUUUCGGCAUAAGUCAGUUUUUGAACUUUCCCGCUACUGCUGGUCCCUCUACCUCAUCUGUUGGCCCCCUUCCAUCUGUUUCAUCUUCUUUUGCCUCUAUUCCAUCCUUAUCUGCCAUGCCUAUUCCUUCCAACACAGUUGUUGCUACCUCUUCUCAACCCUCCGCUCACCUUCCCUCCACUUCCACCUUAGUUGCACCCUCAAACUCUAAUAUCAUGGCCGCUCUCCAGAUCAUCAUGGCAAGACAAAUUCAGCAUGAUCAAGAGACUGCUUUACUCAGAACUUGGAUGGCUGAUCACCUUGCUCCCAAGCUGGGAAUUCCACCUCCGCCUCCUCAUCCGGUGCCACCUCCUUCUCAGAUCCCUCAUCCUGGAAAAUCCUCCUCCUCCGAAGGAUCUUCUCCCUCCCUAGCAUCUUAG